GCCGUUUGUAGCAUGCGCAGAACAGUGUAAACAAACUGCUGUUUCAGUGUUGCGGUAUAUUCUGGAAGAAAGAAGUUAAAAAUUCGAAUACGAUUAAGCACGAACUAUUGUAUAAUUCACUUUUGGUGAAAAAGUAAGUUCAGUCCAGAAUUCAGGUCAAAAAGUUGUGAACAUGUCAGUGGACUAGUCAUUCUUCCUCGAACUCGUAUACUUAUUGUCAGCAUAGAAUUAGUAUAGGAGUGGAAGAAGUCGUCUACUGCAGGAAAAAUGUAUAUCUGUGUUCAAUUGAGGACAUUUAUGCUUUCUCAGGGAUUACCAUCGAAGAAGUCUGCAAAAUUCAAAGUUCAGUUAAGAAGAGAGAAGAAUAAAGCGACAUUUGCGACAUGAAUAAUGAUAGUGACUAUGGUGGAACCUAUAAUAUAGAAUCGAAACAAGGUCAAUCUGGUAUGGAAUCACUGCCAACAAUUGUCACCAGUGGAAAGAUGGAAGGAAGUUCAGAUAUGGACAUAAAGACCGAUAACACAAUUGACCAGUCAGCAGAACAGAUGGAAAGUCUAGAAAACCCCGAAUACACUGAUUCUGUUACCAGUAAUGAGAGUGGAACAGCAUUUUUAGCACGUGAUAAAAACAAAAUAUGGGAAGAUAGUGAAACCGGAUCAGAAGACGACAAUGCUAAUAUUCACUUACUCGAAAAUCCAGCAUAUAUCGAUUCUGUUACCAGUACUGAAAAUCAGCUUGCUUCCUUACUUAAAGGUGAACAGGAGAAAGAAUAUACGUGCAUUCAAGAUGAUGAGACACUGUUUCAAGAGUUUAUAGAAGGAUCAAGUAAGGGGUUCGAAAUAUCCAUUGUCGAGAUUGUUCCUCAUUUACACGAUGAACUCAAAAUUGAUACGCCCUUGUGGGAAAGUAAUGCAUACAUUGAUGAAUUUUCCUGUCCAAGUCCAGGUGUCAGAAGACUAGAAAGAGUUUGUAAAAACGCAAUAAUAAAUCUAAGUCAAGAUCUGUCAUGUAAAAGUUCAAUGAAAGGUUCUACUCUACUACCAGUAUUAAUUAAUCAGGUUCCAGACCCAGUCCCAAUGGAAGAGGAGUCUUUCUUUGAAGGAAAUGAAAUUAAAAAUCUCUUAGUGAUAAGCGUAUCAGUAGCAUUAAUGAAUGCUGCGUUUUCAUCCCUCAGAAAUCUACAGAGCAGUCUUAAUCACGAUGGUGGUGUUGGAUUAUACUCAUUAACAGGAAGUAUGGCAGCAUUUACAUUACUCAGUUUAUUUACGCCCAGUCUGAUCCAACAAUUUCGACCAAAGCGAUGUCUCAUCUUGUCCAUAUUCGCGCAUUUAUUAUACGUUGCUGCCAAUGUUACUCCUAACUUUUAUAUCCUGGUACCCGCUUCAAUUUUACAGGGAGCGGCCAGUGCUUUGUUGUGGAAUGCUGUCAGCACAUACGUGACUUACCUUGCACGAUCAACUGCCAUCAGAAACGAUAAAAGAACCGUCCACGUAGCAGGGAAAUAUUUUGGUGUAUUUUUCUGCUUUUUCCAGUUGUCUGUUGUAGCUGGAAACUUGAUCUCAUCCAUUGUGUUAAAUGACCAAAGUGAUGCUACGAACAAAACGAUCUCAACAAAUACUGAUCUUAAAAACAUUGUAUACAAGUCCAUUUCCAAUUUGAAUGAUUCUAUGAACAUGGACAUUCCAUUUUCAAACCUAUCAAAAUAUGAAGAGAAUAAACUUAGUAUAUGCGGGUCAAAAUACUGUCAUUCAUAUCCCAUCGAACUUGGAGGUCUAACUGAGACGACAAGAUACAAUUUGUUGGGUAUUUAUGGAGUAGCCACAGUAUUGGCACUCAUUCUACCUCUGUUUUUAAUGGAUAGACUGAAAAACUAUCGGACCUCUAAAAUAAACAUUAAGCAUAUAGCAAACCAAGCCACGGCAGUCCUGCGAUGCAUUGUGGAACCAAGAUUUUUGUCCUGUUUUAUAAUGUUUUUCUACAGCAACAUGGAGCUUGGUUUUGUGAUGGCUGAAGUUACCAAGGCUUUUGUGACUUGUCCACUCGGGAUCCAUAUGGUUGGUUACACGAUGAUUUGUUUUGGAGUUUGUGGGAGCAUCAGCUCAUUUGUAAGUGGAAAACUGGAGAAACAUGUUGGCAAUGUUAGCCUGAUUUCUGCAGCAACCAUCAUUGAUUUGGUUUUGCUGGGUGUGAUGUUGGUAUGGCAACCGGGCAAAGAAAAUUUGUAUCUUUACUUCCUGUUGCUUGGUGCCUGGGGUGUUGGUGAUGGAAUCUGGAUGUCUCAAGUAAACUGUGUAAUAAGCAGAAUUUUCCCUGACAAGCUAGAAGAAGCGUUUGCCUCCUUGAGAGUCGUUAAUGGACUCGGAAUGACCUUAGGAUUUGCCUAUGCCAGCAGUGUGUGCAUGACUUAUAAAAUAUACAUACUCUUUGCCAUCUGCUUGUCAGGAACUGUAGUGUACGUUACUUCCGAAAUUGUGCGCAAGUGCAGAGCCGACAAAAAAGAGAAAGAGGAAGGCUGUGAUUGGUCUAUUGAUGGAAUUUAAACAAGGCAGUAUAAGUAUGUGUAGAUAUGUAAAUAUUUGAUAAGAAUGUAUAUAGCAGAGGGUAAACUCAUUUCAGAAAGUGCUAUUUGUGUUCAUAUUGUUAAUUUCAUUUGUUUGUAUAUAGAAUGUUGUUUUUUAAGCAUUUAAAAAAUCGCUUUGCAUAUUGCAAUUAUGUUACAUAUAUUUUAAAUAUUUAAAAGCUCUUUUUGCAUAUUGCAAAUAAGAAACUUGUGUUAACAAACAUUUUAUAAAUGUAUAUUUAUAUAAGUUAUACAUCAGGGAUAAUUGUUGUCUCCUAUAUUAUUUCUCCUUUAUACAAUAGUCAUGAAGGUGAAUUGUUUUAUUUAAAAGAUCUGAAUGUUUUUAUGACAACUUUUGUCCAUUUUGUUGAUGUUUUUUAUCAUCAUUUAUAUAUAUAGUCUACAACUUAUCUACAAUGUAUCUCAAUAUAUAACGUCCAGAGAAAAAUUACCCUACAACAGAAACAAAAUUUGAUUGAAAACAUCCCUGAUAUACCCCUAAGCAUACUAGGUAUUUUAGACUUGAAGAAAAGUUAUUAUAAUAAGAAUUAUAAACUUUUUGAAACCUUGUUUUUUGAAAUGAAAGUUAAGUGCAUACUGAGGAGUUUUAUUUUAAGCCCUUUUAAUUAUUUUUUUGGUGUAUUAUAAUCUCUACUUUCACUUUAUCGUUUAAAGUUGGAAUUAUUAAUUUUAUUAUUAAUACAAAGUUAAGUUAAAUACCGAACUCCAAGGUGAAUCUAUAUAGAAAUUUUAAAUUGAAUGAUGAAAUGAAAAAAUAUUGCUUUCAAAAUAUACUGAAAUAUGGAAAAAUGUACUUGAAGACUAUUUUUUGUGGAGUAUACUUUUUAUAUUGAAUAAUUUUAUGUAUCUAUGAAAGAUACGAUACCAUAUAUGUACUUAGUUCAAUCAGACCAUUGUUCAUAUCUGUACAGGGUUUUUGAUUUGAUUGUCUUUUUUAUUUGUAAAACAUUUGUAUAUAAAUUCUAUACAUGUUGUUAAACAAGGUUGUUGACCAAUAAAUAUCAAAGUUAA